UGUAGUUCUUCACACUGCCUUGCGUUAAGCUUAGAAGAAGCGCGUGGAAGUUGAAGUGAAAGUCCGUGUGCGUUCAACCACACAAUUCCUCGCGUUUUGCGUUUAUGAACCUGCAAACAGCUGCUGUAAUUUCCACAUAGAUGUGCGAGAAACCUAUUUUGUGUGAUACAAAGUCCUCGGGCGGGAAUAUGGAUUCUGUACAUUGCUGGAAUAGAGCAAAAGGUGACCAGAUACCCACUAGGGCUAAACCCAUGUCAGAAACCUUAUCCAAACUGGCCCAACUGAUCACUUGCAUCGAGUACAAACCAAAACAACAGCGGUCUUCCUUUAUCUGCAAAGAGUGCGGCGACAAAUUCUCCGACCAGAAGAGUCUUGAGUGUCACCAGAAAAGAGAGCAUGCCCUGCAAAAGCUCCACGGCUGUCAACACUGUGGUCAAAAAUAUGCUUUACUCUCUAGUUUGCAGCUACACAAAUGCUCUCACGCCUCAUCCAUGUGCCAGACAUGCAUGGGGAAACCUCAGAGGGGUUCUUCUUGCCAUUCCUGCGGGACUGAAUCUUCAGAAGAUCCCUUCUAUCAUGACAAUAGCCCCUAUGCGUGCGCUCCAUGUGGACAAGCCUUCAGCCACAAGCAAGAGCUGCUGCACCACCAGCAGGCCGGAGGCUGUCAGCCUGCCAAGACUCUCAAACCUCCUCCACCUUCAAAUGCCUCCUUGUCACCGUCUCCUCCAAGUGUUAACUCAUCUCGUACCACAUGCACUUUGUGUCACAAAACGUUCCGUUCUUCUGCUGGACUUGGUUGCCACAUGCGCUUUUCCGAUGCACACGUGAAAAGCAGCUCAGAGAUGAAUACAGAUGGCAUUGUAAGUACACUGAAGAAGAAGAGGAGGAAGAAGAAGGAUGAGGAGGAGACGGAUUCGAAGGAGGAGGAGGAGGAGGAAGUUCUCAUCUCAAGUACAUCAUUUCCAUGCCGUUCCUGUGACAAAUCAUUUCCUAAGACAUCACUCCUUCACCAGCACAGGAAAGAGGAACACCGGCGGGAGAUAAAGGUGAGGAAACUGCAGCGAACCUCUUUGAAGACCACCAGGCAAAGGCGGAAAGGUGAAACAUAUCCAUGCCUCCAUUGUGGAAAAGAGUUCCUGCACCAUCUGACGCGUCGGGCGCAUUUUAGACACUACAGCUCUCACCAUCAGACCCACCUCGAGCUGAGUGGCAAAUCAUCCGGCGCUGACGCAACCAGGUUCCACCCAAAGGCAGCGAAGGAGCUCAGACCUUCCCUAGGAAAAAGACCAAGAGGUAGACCUAGGACCAAGAAUCUACCGGUUUUGAUGGAAACCAAGCAAAAGGAAGAAGAGGAAACGGAUGAGCUGGAUGAUAGUGAUGAAGAUGAGGAUGCCGAGUAUCCUUGUACUUCAUGCGACCAGGUCUUUAGCUCCAAAGCUAAGCUGCAUGUCCAUGAGAAAGUCCAUGAGGAGUUCCCUGAGGAAGUCCCAGAGGAACGCCCUCCACCAGCCGACACGUGCAGGAGUUGUAGUGUGUGUACAGGUGGCAUUCCCCUCGCUGAGAUUCUAGAAGAUUGUGAAAAGAAAGUCUAUCACUGUGUGCCUUGUGCCAAGGCGUUCAUAGCCCUGAACGCUUUUCUAGAGCACUGCCAGACGCAUCUGAUCCGUGAACAUGAAGAUGAAUUCAGUGAUGAUUAAAAGAGCUUCCUUUUUUUUUUUUUUUUUUUUAAGAAAUUGUUCACUCAAAAAAAAAAAAAAUUAAAAUCUAAUUUUCUCACCAUCAUAUUCUAAUCAUGUUAACUGUUAGUAUUUUUUUUUACAGAACAUACUUGUUUUUUUUUAAGAACAAUUGCAUACAUUAGACAAAAAGCACCUUAAAGUGCUUCUGAAAAAAAAGUGAAUAUUCUUUGCAUUUUUGUGUAUGCAUAUACAUAUAAUUAUGGAACUGAAAUUCUUUGGUGAACUAUUCCUUUAAGAAUGAAAUCUCUGGCAUCAUUUACUCACCCUAAUGUCGUGGAACACAAAAG